GGUGUGGUAUGCCCAGAAAGGAGAGGGGACCACCUACAUGACACAACAUUGCAGUAGUUGGUAUAGUAAGGCUGCUCCUGGGGUCUGAUUGAGAGCAAGCGCAAAAUCCGGAUUAAAGAAUAUGGCAUACCUCCUCAUGUUUGUGACUCUGCUGCAUCUGGUGACUUUGGCCAUGCUGUUCAUCUCGACCAUGGAGAAGUCCUGGUGGGUGUGGGAGGGGAUGGAGAACUCAGACCUAUGGUACAACUGUAGAUAUGACAACUUCUCAGGAACGUGGUUGUGCGCCUCCUCCAAAGAAAGUGAGUGGCUCCACGCAGUUCAGGUCUUAAUGGUCCUCUCCGUGGUUUUCUCCUCCGUCUCUUUCCUGGUCUUUCUGGGUCAACUGUUCACCAUGUCCAAAGGCGGACUCUUCUACUUCACUGGGCUGUGUCAAGUCUUUGCAGGCCUGGCCACCUUGUCUGCAGCCCUCAUCUACACAUUACACAACAAGGAAAUCCUCCAAGACGCCAGAGAAACGACUUCAGGACACUUCGGCUACUGCUUCAUCCUAGCCUGGGUGUGUGUGCCUCUCCUGCUGUGUAGUGGCGUCAUUUAUGUCCACUUGCGCAAAAAAGAGUGACUUAUGCAACACAAUGGCAAUUAUUGAUAAGCUAGCAAUCCUAAAGACACCUUUUUCAUCAGGAAUGCCAAAUAUUCAGACUUACUUUCUAAAUGUAUUUUUUUCACGCCAAGGUUGCUUUUGCAAUGUAAAUACUCAGUUAAAAACUUUAGACAUUUAGACACCUUGUUAACAGAUUAAAUCCUCACUGUGAAUUUAUCAUAUAGCACGCCCUUUGCAGAAAUUAUACCAAUGGGAAAUUUACAUAUAUAUUUUGUAGCGAGGACACACCUUAGGGAGAUGCAUGCAAAUACAUAUAUAUUUUUGUACGUGUUGAAUUUGUAUUGCAGUAAUAAAUGUCACUCAAAGAAACAAAAUGUGCACACAAGAGUCACGAUUCAAUGUAAGUAUAUUCAUAUAUUUUAAUUGUUUUAAUUAUUACAUUUUUUCACAAAACCAGAUUUAAUAGACGGAUGUACUUUUGCGCUAAAUCAAUGUAAAAAUACAUUUAAAAGUUCAGUUCAGUUCAAUUCAGUUUCAGUUUAUUUCGAACAUGCAUACGAUACAAUAUAAUACAUCACAUAUUUCCAGGUGUUUCAUUACAGCACGUCCGAAAAGGAGUAGGAAGAAGCAGAGCUUAUUUAAUCCUAUACCCCUUUUCAUACCAUAGCAAUUUUAUCCAAUUUCCUUGUUCUCUGUAACAGAACAGUGA